AUGGCCGAGGACGAGGACUGGCCUACGAAUCACCAGGUUAGGGAAUCUUAGUUCAAGAUUGAUUUGUGUAGGAUCUUUCUCUCAUUAGGGACUUUUCUUAGUGGUGUUUCAUUUUUCUGCUGACUGGGGAACACUUCAUUCACCGUAGCAUCAUUUUCCUUUUGCGAUCGAUCGACUCAGAAAGUCAUGUGGCUCACUCAUGUCCAUUUAUACUUAGGAGGAAUUCCUUAAUUUUCCUUUCCCUUAAAUCCCUUUGUCCGUAUUCUCUGUUUAAGAAGUACGUUUUUCCUGUCGUUGAAGACUUCCAUGAUCUCAGUUGCUUGUAUUCUAAAUAUAAACCAGAGUACAUAUAUGUGUGUGUAGAUCAAUUUUUGCACAGUGCGCAAGCAUUGUUUAUUUGAUAUGAGGAUCAGAAACACAGCUUAUGUCUGAAGUAAACCAUCCCUUUCUUUCAGCUUGUGACGGUUAUUCCAGGGGGCCCUGACCAGCUUUAUGAUGACCCAGGUAAGCUACCUAUUUAAUUACUUUGUUGAUUUGAUUUUUCGUUAAUUCUUUUUAUGAAAGCAUUGGAGAUUUCAGGGAAUGGUUAGUGGGCAAGAAGUGAAGGCUAGUUUUCUUAUGUGGAGAAAAUCCCAGGCCAUUGGUGAUUUCACUGUUUUCCUAACGUCACAGAUGUUGCAAACAUAAUUAUCAGGAGAUGCCAUUUUAUUUGUGACUCAAGGAUAAUGGAGCCAAGGGGAUUGACAGUGAUUGAUAGUGAGCUAAAACUUUGGCCAAUAUCCCCAAUGGUAAAAAUAGGAGUUUUCAUAAAUCCUCAAUCGUUGCAGAAAUCUGGGACAUGUUGGAAAAAUAGAAAUGCUCCUGAUUUUUCAAAUUUGUCUCUGACCCAGGCAGCAGGGGAUGUCUUCAAUUUUGAAUUUUAAUUAGUCUUUAAACUCUGGGAUGGUGGGAAGACAAUGAAAUCCCUGACCAUUCAGGAUUUUCCCAGCCAGUGAAACCAACCUUAAAGAAAGAAAGGAGAAAGGAAAACCUAAAGGAGUUCUCCUUGCUGUUAGCUUUUGGCUUUGUAGCUUAAUCAGUGGUAGUACCUAACUAGUACUUGAGAGGAAAGGUUUCAAACCCAGUUCUUCAUCUGUAUUUUAUUCAAGUACAGUCCACCUGUGAGGAUUAGUGCUUUUUCCCUAUUAUGGGCAAACAAGAAAUACUUUCUUUGACCUUUGGAUGUGUCUUGUUUAUAUUUGAUAUUAGGUAAUUUUCAUGAUGUACUUGUCUCAUGUUUGCAUCUGUCAGAGAAAGAAAGUUGUGUAUUUGUUGAUGCUCAUUUGUUUGGUUCUCAUUCUAUGGAUGUACAACAAAACAAUUGUUCUGUUCCUUGUGAAAACAGAUGGUCCUGUUUUCCCAUAAGCUGUGAUGUUUUCUUAUUACUUCAUUCUCAGGAGUUCAGACUCUUGCAAAGUCAAAAUUAACUGAUCUGGGAAACCAGACAUAACUGUUUUUACAUUUAAGUAUUUGUUCAUAUCUAAGGUGAUGCAACUGAUGUCAAGUCUGAGCCAGCCAGUCCUGAAGAGGAUACAUCAAGGACACACUUUGGUACAAGAAAAAUAUUAUUAUUUAUCACUAUUUUCUGUAUGUAUUAAUCCAUUCACUCCCAAGGUAAAAUUAUCAAUUCUUUACACUGUACUUCAUACAUUGCUUAUAAUUUAAGCUUUGAAAAUUUGGUAUGAAAUAAAAAUUUAUGUUUCGUUCUUGUUUUCUUUGCCACCUUUUCACUUGAAAACGUGUAUUAUUUGGUAAAUAUUGUAAUAUGAAAUUAUUUUUUAGUGGGAGUGAAAGGGGGUAUAAUACAAACUGUAGUGGUAAUAAAUGUCAGUAAAUUGAGCAUAUAAUUUAAGUAUUACAUCUGAGUGAUGAAAAUAAUGUAUACAGCAUAUAGUCAAUAGCAUAAAUACAGUACUGUAAUUAUAGUCAUUUGUUUUUAGUGGUGUGCAUACAUGUAUGGUCAUGUGAGUGGUGUAAGUGUUGUUCAGUCACAUAAUUUUAUUCCUUCUUUAAGAAAAGAUUAAUGUAUUGGGAAGCCGCCUUCUCAAAUUUCUGUAGAUAUGGCGACAAAAUAGUUAGAUUUUAAGCAAGGAUGUAUUACAAACUGAGGGUUGAUUUACUUAUUGGCCCAGUUAUAGAGUGGUGAUCCAUCCCUUGUUAAUCCAAGGAGUGAUUAAGAGGAUAUUUCUUCAUGUGAUACUAAGUAAAGAAAUACAUCUUUUAAGUGCAAGUUCAGUGGAAGAAAGAAAAAAAUGUCAAUUAAUUGAUUUUGUUCCACUUAAUAUAGAAUUCUCAAGACUGAAAUUAUGUCACAGACAGAGUUAAGAAUUUAUAUGUAUAUCAUUGGAGUAAAAAGGGUUAAGUGUUUCUGACUUGUGAACAUAACAUGUGCAUCAAUGUUAUCUAUUUUCUGCAGAUUCCCCUGAUGAAGACACAGAUUUGACAGUUGCCAAAGAACAGAGGCGGUUUGCACACAGUGCAGCAGAGCAGAAAAGGAGGGAUGCCAUACGAGUCAGUUGUUAUUUUAUUUUGCAGUUUAUGUUUCUAGAGAAGUUUGUAAGCAAACAAACAAUUUGUGCCUUUUUGUUUAUGAAAUUUUUAUUUUUCUUUUCAGAAAGGUUAUGAUGACCUACAGACAAUUGUGCCGACCUGUCAUCAACCUAACAAUGCAGCAGCUAUGCAGAAGCUGAGCAAGGCAAUCAUUCUGCAAAAAUGUAAGACAAUGAGUUCUUAAAAGCAAAGAUUUUGUAACUGGGUUCAAAACUGUGACCGGCUUGUCACUAAUGUGGAGAAAAAUUGACUGCUGCCCAACAAUUUUAAUGCUGUUCAUGAGCAGGAAACCAACUUGAAUUGAAUUUUAUGUAAACUAGUGUUCAAGAGAGGAAACAUGCAUCAUUUUUGUCAAUGAGCUGUUUUACCCUCAGUUGGUGAUAGUUAAUAGUAAGGAAUAUGUUUUAUGUAAACAAACAUCUCUAAACAUCACAUUUUUCCUAUUAUCAUUUGCUGUAAAUUGUUAGGUGUUAGACAUUAUUGGUGACAAGAUUCUUUCAUCUGACAUCUGAGACACAAAUGUUUAACAAUCCCUUGAUUUCAGACACUGUAUAAACAUCUAAAAUCACUAGCAAGAGUAAUUGGCCAUUCAAGAUGCCCCUUAUUUAUUUUUUUUUGUUUUUGUCGUUGUUGUUGUUUCAGCAAUUGAAUAUAUAGUUUACUUGCAUCAACAAAGAAAGAAACAAGAGGAGGAACUGGAAGCACUCAGGAAAGAAGUGAUGGCCUUAAAAAUUAUGAAGACGUAAGACUGUUGAUAUAACUUGCUGGUUAUGCACACCAUACAUUCUUUUACUUCCGUUUCAAUAAAACAGUUUAUGAUUAGAGAUAAAAACUGCAUUUUUUUCCCAUUAUUUUCAGAAAUUAUGAGCAAAUAGCCAAAGCACACCAGAAUCAGGUACAGCAGCUGAACUUGUAACCCUGUUUUAAGCCUUUGACCCCUAAGAGGGACUAGGAUCUAAUUUCUCCUUACAGUUUUACCCCUGAAUCACACAUACUGGUCAUGAGAAAAAAGGAAAUGAUCACCAACUAGGGGAGCUCCUGAUUGCUAAACAAAUUCUCCUUGUCAGCAUCUUGGGAAAUCUAUGGAGAACAGUAUGGAAAAUAUGUAUGGGGUGUCAAGGGUUAAGGUCAUGUCUUGGUAUUGGAUGCACAUCUCUUCUGGAUAUACAUGUAAUUUCAGAAAGAAGUAAAAUCUUGAAACAGAAUUUUUUUUUUUUGUUUUAUUUCCAUCAUUUCAUUUUUUUUCCUUCUAAUUUUCACAGCCAGCACAGGGACAGAAAACAGUACCAGAUCAAGCCAAAUUUACUGUGGUAAGUUGUCAGUACUAUUACACAUGUACAUGGUGUAGCAUUUAAAGAAAAACCUCUCUAUCUUGUUUUAAAACAAAUUUUAACAAAUUUAUAGAUCAGCAAUUAAAAAUUCUAACUCCUAGUUUCUACAGCAUAUUUGGAAGGUCAAGUUUCAUUUAUUUUUAUUUUACCUUUCUAAGUUCCGACAGAUCAUGGAACAGCAAUUCAUGACAUUUAAUGCCUCUGUCAAUGUAACAAAUUUUGAAGCCUUGUCAGCAUGUAUAUUCAGCUGGCUAGAAGAAUAUUGCAAACCUCAGGUAAGACCAGAGAAUUUCUAUUCUAUUCUUGCCUUUUCACACAGUCCAGAUUUAAAUUAAGCUACCUAUACUUACAUGUUAUUGACCAAGCAUGAGGUCAAGAUGGCUGGAUAUUGGCUAAGGUCUAUUUUGAAUUGGUCCUUAUUAAAGACACACACAAAGAUUGAGUAGCCAAUCAGAACACAGGAUUUGCUUCAUCUUGCCCAAAGGCAUUGCCAGCUAUAUAGCAAACUAUCUUAUAGACAUGUAAUAUUUGUAUGGUAGGUUUGGAGGGUGUGAUCUUUAUAAUAGAAUAUGUUUUUGUUACCAAAAUGAUUUUUGUUCUUCAAUCUUUUUAAUCUUAGUAUCUGCAAGAGAUUGUCGUCAAUGCUCUCAAAAGUUUGAACAGCCAAGGACUACUGCAGCAGUAAAUAUACAUGAAGUGAACCCAAAAAUACCAGUGUGAGAAUAUUGGUCUGCUGGGACAUUGGUAGAAUUAAUCUAAGAUCUUGUGUGAUAAACUCUCCCUUUGAAGAAGGGAGUACCUUAAAACGCAGGCAAAAUGCAAAGGAAAGACCUAGGAGAUAUGAAGUUUAUUCUGUCAGGGGUAUAGUGCAGAAGUGUGUUGCUUACUCAGUUUGUUAACCAGCCAAAGGUAAUAUUAGAGCUGCACAGUAUUAUUUCUUGCAAUAUUGUCAGCAAAGAACAACUUCUACAGUCUUCCUGUUUAUCACUGGUACCUUGCAAAGUUGUUCUGGUAUAUGUAGGGGUAUAGGCUUAACCACCUGAGGCAUAUUUAACCUGAGGUUUUGCAAAGUGUUGUAAAUUAUUUAUGUAUAUGUUAGAAGCUAAGGGUCAACAUAAAAGUUUUGGAAAGUUUUGUACAUAAAAUUAAUUUAUGUUUACAGGAAUAAUUUGUGAAGAAAACAGAAAAAAGAACAUUUUAACCCUUUUGGCUUUAAAUUUGGUUUGAAUCUGAACCACUUUGAAUUAGUUAUUGAGGUUUUGUGUAAUCUUGAACUCUAAGUUAGACCGGCAGUCAUAAAUGAUGUCAACAAGAGAAAAAUUCCUACAAAAAUGUUAGCUGUUCAGGGUCAGGCAGAGUGUCAGCCAUCAGUCUCUGCUCAAACAUCACUGAGGGCCCAUGGCAAUUUUCCACCAGCCAGUGCUUUUUUAUUGCUCUGUGUAUAGUCAGAUAACUCACCAUACAAGUUUGGAUGGAAUUCAGUAAAUAAUUAUGUUGAAGAG